AUGGCUCGAGCGCUGUCGCUGGUCGCUUUGGGCUUGCUUUUUUCCCUUCCUCCAAGCUCAGCCGUUAGGACGAAAGUCCCAGGCGGGGAUAGCUUCUCUCCUGAUUCUGGCGUCCUCGAUGGGGCAGAUGCGCCGGAACAACGUCCGACCCUGCCUGGACUUGUUGAAGGUAACUGCGGCAGGCUGACGGUUCGUAGCGGCCUGAAUGUGGAUGAGAGCAUCAAAGUGACCAGUGCUGGAUGGACGAAGAGCGAACGGGACUUCGUUGUCUCGCUUGUUGCCGACGAAUCACGCAGAAUUGUUCAGUUGAGAGAAUCAGAAGGUGCACCCGGUCCCAGUGGCCCCGGACCCGAGCCAGCUGAAAAACCUCCAAGUGUCGAAGGAAGCGCUGAGGAGGCUCCUAAAGGGGAGGGUGGACAGGAGAAGCCGUCUGUGCCCUUGCUUGCUGUUCGUAUCCGUGGAUCUGGCGACGACAAAGAGAGCUCUCCGCAGUCGGCUGUUUUGCUGUACGGAAGUGAUGAAAGCGAGCCUACGGAGGUUCCCCUGGAAACAGCAGCUGGACCGACCACGCCACUCAUGAUAAUCAUUACACAGAAGAACCAAAAGGAAGUAGAAGUCCGUGUUCUUGCAUGGAUAUCUACGGAUGCUGCAACUGGAAAGGGCUCUUGGAAAGAAAAUUCCGUGGUCGUUGGCAGCAGCUUGGGCGGGCGCGACCUCUCCGUGAACUUGAGCGACUGUGGACCAAGCUCCCUCAGGGUUUAUGGCUCGACAUCAGCUGACCUCGUAACUGUCAAGGAUGGCAUGUGUGACGCAGCUGACCCAGAGUUGAUCUCGCUGACUCGGCCUCCUUCAUCGGCAGCUUCUCCGUUGCCUGCAGAUGGAGAAAACGCAGCGCAGGACGCCCAGCAGAGCGCAGGAGCCCAGCAGGAAGCAGAAGCCCAGGAGGUUGCAGAAACCCAGCAGGAAGCAGCUGCUGCAGAGCAAGGAAGCAGCGCCACAGAGAGUGACACUCAGCAGGCAUCCUGA